CCGCAACGGUCACUUUGCUCGCAGUCUGCUGCGGUCACUCUAUUCGAACGGAACGGAAUAUUUAUCGCGGAUUGUCGCGUUAUUUCGUUUGUGUCGCGCCUCAAUCAAACUCACCUUAAAAAUUAACACUCAAAUAGUAGAUUACGAGCUCUGUGCCGUGUUAUCAAAAAUAACGGGAUUAAUUCAUUACGAACGCCUACGCCAGUCGCUCUUCCUCUUUUUCCACUGCGCGCGUCGCUUAUUUUUACCUGCAGCGCAGUCGCGACAGCUGAAAAUUAAUAAAACGAAGAGAAAAGUGUAAAUUGGAUCACAAUUGGUAACAAAAAGUCGAUGCGAUCGAUCGCCAGUUGUUUUAUAUAUCAACAACAACAAAGCAAACCAGUUAUUAGAUGUUUUUGUGAAUAGUGUAAAUCAAAUUCUCGGCUCAUACCUACACAUACACCAAAUACAUUCCCGUAGUUCCUAUUCAGAUCCGAUCGGUUCUUCGAUUCGCAGAUCACAAGAAAAUAUGCAAAAUUAAACCAAGAGGAGCGUAAAUCGGGGAGUGCGAAAAGUGUCGUCGAAACGGGGAAAAUAAUCAAAGUUAACAGUAAUAUCCUGUUGUGUAAAUAAAAGGCUUAUACAUACACACACACAGUCGCAGAAGCAACAAACAAAGGAGGAAAAAGCGGCAAGAUGAAUAAAACCUGUGCCCGUUGCCAAAAGGUGGUUUACCCCAUCGAGGAGCUCAAGUGUCUGGACAAAACAUGGCACAAAACGUGUUUCAAAUGCACAGAAUGCGGCAUGACGCUCAAUAUGAAAACCUACAAGGGCUACAACAAAAUGCCCUACUGUGAGGCACACAUCCCGAAGGCGAAGGCAACGGCCAUUGCCGAUACGCCCGAACUGAAGCGCAUCGCGGAGAACACCAAAAUCCAGUCGAACGUCAAGUACCACGCGGACUUUGAGAAGGCCAAGGGCAAGUUUACACAGGUGGCCGAUGACCCGGAAACGCUGCGGAUCAAACAGAACACGAAGCACAUAUCGAAUGUGGCAUAUCACGGGGAUCUGGAGAAGAAGGCGGCCAUGGAGAAGCAGCGAGGAUCCGCCGAGGUCUCCGACAGCAGCAAUGAAUCGGAAUACUUCUCAGAGCAAUUGGCAGCUGAACAAUUCUCGCAAUAUGCACCCACAGCCUCACCCAUACCGCCAGCAGCGACAACACUACACCAGCAACAUCAGCAACAACAGCAGUUGCAACACCAACAGCAGCAGCAGUACCAGCAACAUCAGCAGCAACUGCAGCAGCAGCAACACCAACACCAACACUAUCUGCAACAGCAGCAACAGACUCUGCCACCGCCACCCAUACAACACCAGCAAUACAACACAGCGGCCAUAACGCCCACAUACCAACAGCUCCAACAGCAACAGCAGCAGCAACAGCGGGCACAGCAGCAGCAACUGCACGAUCCCUAUGCACACUACCAACAACCGCAGGCGCUGCGCCAGCAGCAGCAGCAACAGCAGCAGCAACAACAACAGCAGCAACAGCUGCUGCAACAGCAAGCCAUUAAACAAGCCUCACAUCUGUAUCCCACAGCAACAUCCCAGCAGCAACAGAUGCCGCCACCACAGUCGCCGGCGAAUCCGCAGCAGCAGGCGCUCAACAGCUACAACGAGAUGCGCUCGGCCAUACUCCAGAACUCCCAUCAUCCCAGCGGCAAUUCCGUGGAUCAGUACGACCAGCCACAGCAGCAGCAACAUCAGCCGCAGCAGCAGCAACAUCAGCCGCAGCAGCAUCAACAUCAGCCGCAGCAGCAGCAACAUCAGCCGCAGCAGCAGAGCACCAACCCCACGCUGGUGGCUGCCCCACAGCAGCAAUCCCAUCAUAGCCUACUGAACAACAAUGCCAGCAACGGCGGCCUUUCGCACAGCCACCACAGCAACAUCAACAAUAAUGGGCACGGCUCACAGAACCAAAUGUUGCCGCCACAAAUGAGACGCUCGGCGGCCAGUGUCUCCGCCUACGAUGGCAACAGCAAGCAACAAGUGACAGCCGGCCCAGGAGCUGCCCAGAAUCACCUGCAGCAAUUGUAUGCGUCUCCCAAUUACGCCGCUGUGACUCCAUCGGAGAACUCAAUAAACGCUAAGCAGCACGCCAGCAAUGGCCAUGUGCCGAACCAGCAGCAACAGCACGUGGCAGGCGGCAGCAAUAUCGGGAAGAUAGCGGACUAUGAUCCGCUGACGGAUGGACCAAGGGUGGUGCCCAAUGCCGGCCGGUCCAGCACCACUUUGGUCUACAGCUCCGAGCCACGAGGCAACCAAGGUGGCAACAGCGUGUAUCCCAAGCGUAUUGGAUCCGUUUCCGAUAUUGAUCCGGCCAAUGGCAUCUACGGAUCGCUCACCGCCGCCGAGCAGGCUCACCAGCAGCAGAAGCACCAGCAGUACUACCAGCAGGUGCAGAUGAUGCAGCAGCAGGAGCACCCGCCGCAGCAACAGCAGAUGCGCCAGCAGCCAUCCUACUCCUCCCUGCAGGAAAAACAAUCGCGCCAGAGCUCAGCAAUGCGCGUCUAUCGGGCCAUCUAUGACUAUGAGGCGCAGGACGUCGACGAGGUCAGCUUCCGCGAGGGCGACGUCAUCUUCGAGGUGGAGUCGAUCGAUUCCGGCUGGAUGACCGGACGGGUGGAGCGUACCGGCAAGACCGGCAUGCUGCCCGCCAACUACGUGGAGCAGGCGGUUAUAUAAUAGGGAAUGUUCUACUACUGCUGCUGCCGCCAGCAGUUUGUGGUGAUCCUCGUCUGCCUGCUCUACAUCCUGCUCGUGCUCGCCUUCUUCGUCAACGUUUUUAUCGCGGAUCGCAACAUGCACGCGAAUCUUAUGAUGAGGAACGGACGGCACGGGGUUCACGGCGGAGGUGGAGGAGUCCCUCCGCCAGCAGGCAUGCAUCCGGGUCACCACAAUCCGUACGACAUGCAUGGCUACAACCACUACAGCAACUACCAUCCGCAAGUGGAUUCCAAGCAGCAGCAGGAGUUGGCCAAGAAGACGCCGCAGCAGCAGGCCGAGCAGGACAUUUACUACUAUUUCAAUCAUGUAUUCAGGCGGCGACGGCGAUGAUGGGGAGUCACACGCCCCAACCAACAGCCCAAAAUUUAAAUCUUUAGUGCAUUAACUUAUACUGCAUCCACUACAUACAUAGAUAUAUAUAAACUAUAUAUAGCAAAGCAGCGGAUUAUGUAAAAAGAGAAGAGGGAAAUUAAUUAAUUAAUUUUAAAUUUAUUAGUAAUCCAACCAAGAACCAACAAUCCGAUAUCCAUCUUAUUAAAUAAACAAAGCCACAGCAGAGUUAUGAGAAAUCAGCCAGAGUGUCGAAUGUGUUUCAGCUAUGAAUCGGCUAAUAUAUGUCAGCGGAACAUAUAUCUGCACCGAUUCCAAUAAGAAAUCGAGCGACCAAGCUAACCCAGCCAAGUUUGCAUUUAUCUACAGCCCUUAAUAAAUCAAAUUUAUACAGAUAUUUAUUGAAAAAUAUACAAAACGUUAACCAACUAAUAGUACACUAUAGCUUACCAAUCAUAUACAAGUACGGAUAUCUAUAAACAAUUCGAUUAGCUAAAGUGCUUCAGCAUAACAUCUUGUGGAUAGCGAAAUCCCAAGGCAAAGGUUUUCUAAUUUAAUUAGAAGUUCUCAAAGUAAUUACUUACGGGGCAAUAGCGCUAACACAAAUUUCCCCCGAGUUUUCUUCGGCUUUUUGAAAGCUUUUCGCAUUAGCAAUCCACUUGGAUUCUGAUCGGGUCCUUAUCCCUACAAUUUUGUCAAUUUAUCUGUGUAAACGAGGAGGACAUGAAGGAUAUUGUUCUUGUUUUUUGUGGGGGAAAUUCAUGUUUUUAAUAUAUAUAUAUUUUUGUUAAGAGAAUAAUAAUUAUAUAUUGUUUGUUUCUAGUGUUAAAUUGAAGAAGGAAAAUAUGGUGGAGAUAUCGUUUCGUUUCACAAAAGAAAUCCUUGAAAGUGCCUUUAAUUUGCUAAAACGUGUUUUUUAGAUAAAACCAAUUUACUAGGCUUAUCAAUAAUGCAUUAAAGAAUCAAUAAAAAAAUAUACUUAUACUGUAACUUAUACAUUUUCAUACCAUACGCAAGCAAUGGAGAACGAAUUUCUAACGCAAGUAAUGAAGCAAUUUACAAACGACAACUAAAAAUAAUUUAAUAUGUGAUUGGAGGAUCGUUUUUCUAUGGCAAGUCAAGCUAUAUAAUGUAUUAUUAACUUAACUUACACCACACCCACACACACUCACACAUACAUAGCUAUAGACAGCAAUUAAUAACAAUUAUAUAGGCAUAAUGCAAUUGGAAAUGCUUCGAGUGGAAAGAAAUCACCUAACAAAUACUUGAAUUAAUCUAAUCUUAUCCUGAAAUAGAAGCAGCGCCAAAGGCUUCGUUUUGUGAACGUGUUACAAAUAAAAUAAAAAUUUAUGAAAAUUUA